AACACAACAAUAAUUAAUGAAAAUUAUUUUCAAAUCUAAAUUGCGAAUAAAUAAAAAAAAAAAGAAAACCUCUUAAUUCAAUGAAUAUAAGAACACACACAUAAUAAAAAAGAAGAAGAGUUAAAAGUUCACUAUGGAAGUUCAAAAAUUAAAAAAAAAAUCCACGAAAACUAGAAAUAGAAGUAAGAAUAGUAGCAAAGCCUACUUUCCGGGCUGCAAACUUUCAUAAAACAUUGAAUAUAAAGCCUAUUUCAAGGAUUUGAAAUAAAGAAAUAUUUAAAAAUAAUAAGAGAAAAAAAGUAAUAAGAAAAAAUUAAAAAUAAAUACUAAAAUUCAAUCUACGAAGGAAGCCAAAUAAUUACUCUAUGUAACAAAAUCUUAAUGUACAUUUCAAGGCUUAAAUAACUUUUUCCGUUAUGGUAUUGCUCUCUUGGGGGUAUAUUUAAGGAGGGCUAAGGAAAAAAAAGUUAAAAAGCAAAACAAAAAUAUUAAAUACAACUUGUUUAGUUGCCAAAGCCCAAGCGAACCAAUUACAACAUGGACUGUUUAGAAAAAAAAAAAAAAAUCAAAACUGAAAUAUAAAACUUUAUGGUAAAAAAAAAAAACACCCGGAACUCCAAGAACUCAGCAAAUCAUACGAGAGGAGGAGGAAAAAGCAGGCAAACGAAAACUGAAUCCUUAACCGGAUAGAAAAUCAAGAAGAAUAAUUUUUUUAUUUGGUGUUUGUUAAUCAAUUUAGCCGGUGUACAAGGCCCUUAAAAACUACGAACAGAAAGGUAACCGAACGUUCUGCUUUGUAUUGGAGAAUGUGUUAAUUUUUCGGAAUCAAUGCUUAUAUGUUAGUGUACGCGUGCUCAGAAAAACAAAAAAAUGGUCAGCAUUUCAAGUUUCUUAAUACCGCUUUGCACGAGAUUUCUUUGUCAAACGAAAGGCACCGAAAAAGGUGAAAUGAAGAUAAGCAUUUAUUGAGAAAAGAGGAAAACGCAGGUAUAACAAAAAACAAAAAAUUGAUAACAAAAUGUAUCAAACAAGAAAACAGGAACACUUUCAAUCAAAAGAACAUCAGCAUGACAAACGUCAACAUUUUAACCUGCCUUGUCAGCAUCGGCAUCAUCAUCAUCAUCAGCAUAGGCAUUAUCGAUGUUUCAGACGUUGCGGAUUACUAUGGCUGAUAUUCUUUACCAUGAUUCGAGAAUCUUUAACAACGUAUUCAACAUCAACAACGACAACAAUAAUAGCCAACGUAUACAAUACGGAUACGACAACGGUGUCGCCAACUAAUUUGUUGCCAUAUUUUGAUUUUGAUGUGCCCCGCAACAUAACUGUAACCGUCGGACAAACCGGUUUCCUGCAUUGUCGCGUCGAGCGUUUAGGCGAUAAAGAUGUCUCUUGGAUACGUAAAAGAGAUCUACACAUACUUACAGCCGGUUCUACUACGUAUACGUCUGAUCAAAGAUUUCAGGUUAUACGACCUGAAAACUCGGGUAAUUGGACUUUACAAAUUAAAUAUCCACAACCUAGAGACUCGGGCAUAUACGAGUGUCAAAUUAAUACGGAACCGAAAAUGUCACUUUCCUAUACUUUUAAUGUUAUCGAACUAAAAGCCAAUAUAAUGGGGCCGACGGAUUUGUAUGUAAAAAGUGGCAGUGACAUUAAUUUGACGUGCAAAAUAUUGCAGGGACCGCAUGAAUUGGGCAACAUAUUCUGGUAUAAAGGUAAUGAGAUUAUUGAUAUGACAGCGAACCAAAAUGAAAUUGAUAGCGGGACCCGUAUCAGUGUUGAAAACGAUUGGACAGACGGUUUAACAUCGAGAUUAAAAAUACGUCGUGCUUUAUCCAGUGACACUGGCAAUUAUACUUGCGUACCAACGAUAGCUAAAUCAUCCAGCGUUUACGCUCACGUAAUUAUUGGUGAACAUCCAGCUGCUAUGCAACAUAAUUCAAGCAGCAUGCAUAAAAGUAAUUUUUAUUAUAGUAUAUGUUGCAUGUUGUUAAUCACCAUUUUAACAUGUUGUUUACAACAUUUCUGCAAUGAUGCCACCAUCACCGCCACGGGCCAAAGCAGUUCAACAUUACUGCUAACAACCACAGAAACAAUAACACAAAGAACAGCGGUGGGAAGAGUUAAAGACUCAGUCCAACACAGACAAAACAACAAGAGCAACAGCAAAGCAUUGCCCUUAGCUAUAUCAACAUCAGUAUCAACAACGGCACCGGCAAUCGCAACACCAACUGAACGUUACAGCAGACAUAAAGAAUUACGUGCCCAACAAAGACAACAACAACAACACAUCGCAAGAUGAAGGAGCAACUUGUUCAAUGUAAAAUGUUUGCAAGAGCAGCAAAAACUAACGGUAUUACUGCAAGAAUUACAGCAACAACAUCAACAGCAGUAUAAGUACCAGCAGCAAAUUGUUCACCGAAAAAAAUUGUUUUUAAGCUGUUUCCUGCUUUUGUUUUCGCGUUUAUUUUAAUACAUAUUUUCGUAAUGCUGGUAAUAAGGCGGGGAUUUGCUGUUUUCAUUUAUUUUUUUAUUUUAUUUAUUUAUUUAUUUAUUUAU